AUGGAAGCUGAGGAUGAAUUCACUAGAAACUUGAAAUGGAAUGUUGCUAAGCUCUUUGAAGCAUAUCUGAAAUCAACGGUUCCUGAUGAACCUGACGUUGAGCCAUUGGUUUAUCUGUCUCCUCUCGAAAAUUUGGCGAUUACCAAUGCUAAGGACAGAAAUAUAAAGUGGACUCCUGAGGAGCUGGACCAAACAGCCGAGGCAGUUGAAUAUGGUUCUUUGAAGUAUGCUGAUCUGAAGAACAACAGACUGAAAGAUUAUAAAUUCAACGCCGAUCAGAUGCUUAAUGACAACGUAAACACAGCUGUUUACCUUCUCUACGCUCAUGCUCGGAUUUGUUCAAUCAUCCAAAAGUCUGGCAAAGACAUAGAUGAGCUUAAGAAGACAGGAAAGGUAAUGUUACAUCAUGCGGAUGAACGAGCUUUGGAACUUCAAUUGAUACAAUUUUCUGAGACGGUUGAGGAAGCAUGUAACAACUUGUUACCGAACGUAUUGUGCAAGUACCUCUACAGCUUAUCCGAAUACUACAACAAAUUCCACUCAAACCCAAAUUGUCAGGUUAUCGGUUCGGAACAAGAGACGAGCCGUCUCCUAUUAUGUGAAGCAACAGUCAUAGUUAUGCGGAAAUGCUUCCACCUUCUUGGAGUCACUCCGGUUUACAAGCUUUGAUACAUACACAACUAAACGAGCCAAAUGCUCACAAACAAGUCUAUUUAAACUUUUCUACACAAUUAAGACACUGGAAUAUCGCUUACAGACUUUGAGAUUUAGGUGAAUAUGUUUUUUUUUUUCUUCUUUUUUUGGUUAUGUUACUGAAACCGAUUUUGGUGAAUCGUAAAAAGUUAUAAAAACUAAAAAAAAAAAAAAAA